AUGGCAGACACAAAUGUAGUGACUCCGGCUGUUGCUCCGAUUGAGGCCACAACUCCCACAAAACCAAAACAUGUUGGACCUAGACCGCCCUCUAAGUUCCAGCAAUUGAACAAACUUUACGGGCUUCCUGCUCCCAUUCGAACAUUUCCUCUUCCUACUCUCAUACCCCACAAUCCACUUUCACUUUUCCAUAUUCUUUAUGUUUGGUUGUCACAGACAAUCAAUCGUCCUUCGUCACAUUUUGAUACCCUUUAUCAAGGAUGGUUCUCACCUGAAACGCGAUCCGUUCAUAUAACAGACUUUCGGUCUAUAAGAGGUCUCUGGGAGCAAGGUUUCUAUGGGAAGGGAAGUCUGAGUCGCAGUGAACCGAGUUGGCUGACGCGAGAGAAAAAGCGACGGGGCGUUUCAAAGGCGAUUGCAAGCGAGGAUGUCACAAGAAAACGUCGUGCCGAUCGUCAACAAACCAAGUGGGAGCGGGCGAGAAAAGAAAGAGAAGCUAUUGAUCAAACUUUAUUAGCAGAAGCACAGGCAAAGGAAUUAUCCCAAUCCAACAUUGUUGUUCCAUCUGAAGAGGACAUUGUAGUCGAAGUUGACAAUCUCCCCGCUUCUGCUGAGUCAAAUCCGAAAAUGAUGUUAGUGUUGACUAGCAUCACAUUACCGGAGGCGCCCACUGGACCAAUGCAGCUGCUUGCCCUACCCAACUCAUCUAUUGAGGUCGUAAGACUCAGCCGCCAAAGAGCCAUUGUCUCGAGUGCAGUGAAUGCCGAUGAGGUUGCGUCUUCAAAUAUCGCGUCAUUCAUCGCACCUACCGGACCCGUGAGCAUUCUUGCACUGCCAAACUCUCUCGUAGAACUUAAUCUUUUGAGACGUCAAGACAAUACGAAUUUGUUGUUCUCACCAACGAUUACCACGAUUGUGGAAAAACAAGUAUCUAAGUCUAAUGUACCUUCAGCUCCGGUGGGUCCUCGGGAAUUGCUAGCUCUCCCAAACUCCACAACUGAUGCUUCCGCAACCUUUGAUGAAUUAAAUCCUGGCAUCGAAGAUGAGACCUCGAAAGAACACCUUAGUCGCUCAACAUAUAUUGGGGUUGAUGGCAGUCCAAUUACAACACAAGAAAAAGUUAUACCCCUUGACAGUUCAACGCCCAUCGCCACUAGCGUUGAAGUCAAUGUAAUUGAUGCUCCGCUGACACCAGCCUCCACUGUUUCUGUUCAGAACAGCGCAUCUGAUGGCGAUGUACCUGAGAAUAGUUCAUCUACAUCUGUAUCAGACCGCCAGAAGAGUGUUCAAUUUUCCCCAACCGUAGAACAAACCACCUUCUUGCCAUCGCAACCACCAAGUCCUGAGCGUGCUGUGACUAGUACCGAAGAGAAGCCAGAGACGAUCUCUGAACUGGUUAUGGAUGAGAAUAUGGUGAUUGAAGAUCAAGAACACUUUCAAUUAACCAUGGAAGAGGCGUUCUUUCUCUCAUACGGAUUAGGAGCACUGACUGUUCUUGAUCCCGUCACCAAAUUCGCACUUUCAAAUCAAGAUUUGUUUUCAUUAUUCAGAAAAUCGUCUUACUUCCCACCAACUUCAAACCCGAGUCUAUCAACGGAUGAUCCAUUCCUCGUGAAUUACGUUGUUUAUCAUCAUUUCCGUUCUUUGGGCUGGGUCGUGCGUGGUGGAACAAAAUUCUCGGUUGAUUAUCUACUUUAUAAUCGUGGUCCAGUUUUUAGUCAUGCUGAAUUCGCUGUUCUGAUCCUCCCAUCAUACAGUGAUCCUUACUGGUCCAGUGGUCCAUUCUUGCAGAAUUAUGUGAAAGGCAAACAGGAGAGAAGCUGGCCAUGGAUGCAUUGCAUCAAUCGAGUCAUUACACAGGUUAAGAAGACUUUGAUUUUGGUUUACGUGGAUAUACCCGCACCUGUCGAUGGAAACAUUAAGGCGAAUAGCGUUGAUGAAUUACUUGGGAAAUACAAAGUGAGGGAAGUUGUCCUCAAACGUUGGUCACCCAAUCGUAGUCGGGACUAG